AUGUCUACGAUUACGGUCACUUUCCCCGAAACCACCCUCUCCUCAAGUCGAAAUGCUACUGCUGCCUCCCCUGUCGCAACUGCCGACCAAAAAAAAAGACGAAAGGUGCUUAGUGGCGCAAUGACGAGGAUCAGCUCUUGGUCCAAGCCUGCCUUCUCGUCGACAAGGAUGAAAAAGUUGACAUCAACCAAGAUUUUAAAAACCUUUUGGCAACGCGUUUUUGAAGAGUUUGAAAAAGGCGGCAAUGACAAAAACCGCACCCCCGAAACUUGUCAAGGUCGUUGGAAAUCAUCAGCGCACAAAUCGCGAGAUAUGCAGCGGCCCGGCCUUUAUCGAGAGAGGGCCACCAAAAGUGACGAGACCGAUGGUGACAGGCCUCUGCUGAAGGAUGAGCAGAAAUUUGAGUUUAUCAGCGACAAGGCCAACGAGGUCAGCGUGGAUGGCGAGAAGGAUGUGCGGCCCAUUGGUAAUAAGAAAGCCAAGGCUCUGAAGAGACGACACGCCGAAGACGACGAUCUCGAGAGCUGGCUGGUGAACAGGUGA